AUGGAUUGUUCUACUUCCUCUUCUUCACCAUUCGUCAGUAUUCGCCAUUUUCGAUCCAUAAGUUUGCCAAGCCGACCACAUCCUAGCACUCAUCAACUUGAAGAAGAACUCACCAACCUCAAAACAUGGGAGGCUUCUACCUCUUCCAUGCCAACUAUAGAUACAGUCUGCGGUGCUCUAAUGGGACUCGAAAGAUUGUACACAUGUGUUAACGAAAUUUUCGCUUUUCAACUGACCCAACAAUCCCUUUCUCAUGAAAAGCAUCAGAAAUUGGUUGAUCAGUUGUUGGACCAAUCAUUGAUGCUUUUGGAUGUCUGUGGCUCAUUAAGAGAUGCCAUGGAACAAGUCAAGCAACAUGUCAGAGAUGUAGAAUCGGCUUUGAGAAGGAGAAAGGGGGAUCUGAGCGUCAACACUUCCUUCUUCGUGAAAAUGGAGAAGGAUACCAAAAGAACUCUCUCUGCACUAUUAAAGCAAAUCAAUAACAAUUUUGGGGGCACAACACUCGUGAAUCUAGAUCACCACCUCUCAGCUGUGGUUAGAUCACUAAGUGAUACUAGUUUGGUGAGCAUCUCUGUAUACAGAUCACUCCUGUCACUUAUAUCUGUUUUCAUCUCAAAACGAAAGCCUACCAGGUGGUCUAUAGUUUCAAAUUUGAUACACAAAGGCGCAGCAAAGGGUGUAGAUCACCCUCAAGUUUCAUCUGAGAAUCUAGAAUCACACAUUGAAGUCCUUGAGAAUGGUAUGGAAUGCUUGUUUAGGAGCUUGAUCAAAACAAGAGCCUCUCUCCUAAAUUCUCGCUCUCACUAG